CAGUGAAUUAAAACUCUUGCUAGUUUGACCUUUGACAUUCAACAUGGCGACUUCCAUGGAGGAACGUGUUUCUUCUGCUGGCGACUCUUCUAAAAAGAGAAAAAUGCCAAAGAAGAAGAUGCCUACCAGAUAUUUUGACACAAACACUGAAGAAAAUACAACAACAGAGUCUUCAGAACCCGUACAACAACAAAGAACACAACCCAAGAAAUUUCCUAAGAAGAGAACAAAAUCAAAACGAGAUGAACUUGAAGAUGAAGAAGAGCCACAAUGGAAGAAAGAUUUCUUGAACUCAAGAAAGAAAGUUGACCCGUUUGAUGGACCUGCUCCCAUUCCUGAGAAGAGGAUACAGAAGUAUAAACGAGGAAAGAAAAGCAAACCGACGGGAACAACAAUGCCAGAUACAAGAGUAAGAAAGAACAUGAAGAGAUAUGAAGAAAGACAAAAACAAGCCGCUAAGCAAGCAGCGAGGACUGAGCUGCUGCUGCCUGAAGAAAGUGGGUUCUUAGAAGCUGAAAAAGGAGAAGAAACGUUUCAUAUCACACAACAAGACAUUUCUGAAGCAGUGGACAUUGCAAGCGCUACAAAGUCGUUUGAUCUGAAACUUGACCAGUUUGGGCCGUACCGCUUAAACUACACAAGGAAUGGUCGACAUUUGCUUCUUGGUGGUCGUCUUGGUCAUUUAGCUGCAAUGAACUGGGUUAGUAAGAAACUCAUGUUUGAAAUCAACGUCAUAGAGUCCAUCAGAGAUGUCAGAUGGCUUCAUUUGGAGACGAUGCUCGCCGUUGCUCAGAAGAAAUGGUUGUAUAUGUACGACAACAAAGGCGUCGAGAUCCACUGUAUAAAGAAUUUACAUGAUGUUCUAAAGAUGGAGUUUCUACCGCAUCAUUUCCUCUUAGCCACAGCAAAUGCUGCUGGUUACCUUCAGUACCUAGACACCUCAGUGGGUAAGAUGGUGUGUAAUAUUAACACAAGAUGUGGUCGUCUUGACGUUAUGACCUACAACCCAUACAAUGCUAUCGUUCAUCUUGGACAUUCAAAUGGUACUGUAACAUUCUGGAGUCCCAACGUGAAAGAGCCGGUUGUCAAAAUGCUUUGUAAUAAAUCAGCAAUCAGAGCUGUUGCGAUUGACUCAAAAGGAUUGUAUAUGGCGACAGCAAGCACUGACCGUCAAUUGAAGAUCUUUGAUGUAAGAACCUUCAAGCCAUUACAAGUCUACAGAGUGUCUCAUGGUGCAGGGGAGUUGAGCUUUAGUCAGAGGGGACUUUUAGCUGCUGGGCUUGGCAACGUCGUUGAGGUGUACAAAGACUGCUGUGUUAAAACUCAGAAUAAACCUUACAUGAGGCAUACCCUAGGGUCUCAAGUCAGUGGGUUAAGCUUCUGCCCCUAUGAAGACGUCUUGGGAGUCACACACUCUAAGGGAUAUUCAAGUUUACUCAUUCCAGGUGCUGGUGAGCCCAACUUUGACGCACUAGAAGCUAAUCCGUACCAAUCCAAAACACAACGAAGAGAAGCAGAAGUCAAAUCCCUACUUGAGAAGAUCCAGCCUGAGAUGAUAACCCUUGACCCCUUCGCCAUUGGUUAUGUGGACAAGGCAACCAUGGCUCAACGAGACAAAGACAGACAGGAGCUCUUUGGUUUGAAGUCACCACCAAAGUUUGAGCCACGGUUUAAGAAGAAGGGACGAAGCUCCGCCUCAAAGAAAGAACAGAGGAGACAAGGUCACAAAGAAGAAGAAAAGAGGGAGAAGCUUCGAGAGGAGAGUUACAAGAAACAAGAUGCGACGAAGAAGAAGAAGGCUGUGGAAGAUAAGCAGGAAGAGGAAUCUCUGGGAUAUCGAUCAGCUCUGGAUCGAUUCAAGAAAUAAAUAUGAACAAGAACAAAAAUUGCGAUCUUUGGCUAUAGACAGGUUACCUUUAUUUUGUUCGCUGUUUGAAUUAUUAUGGGGAGAGUUCAGAGUGGGAUUCUAACCAACAACCCUGAGAUCUUGGAUCUUUGCACAAAACAACCUGAAAAAGUUGCAUCCCAUUAAGGUGAUCCCUCUGCUGUUGUUUCCUAGCUUGUAUUAUAAACCUGGCUACACGGCAGUAACAGGUUAAAGGGCACUAACUGGCACCCCCCCCCCCCAAAAAAAAAAGAGAAAAAGUUAUACCAGUAGCCAAAAUAUAAAAACUGCCAACAGUAGCCUGGCUAGAUAGCCCAGUUGGUAGAGCGACGGCAAGUUGAUUUGGAGUACACAGCUUCAAAAUCUGCUCUUCUCCAUUUUCUGUUCAACCUGAGUUAACAAAAUAACUCAGUACAAAACAAUUUUGCCUACUAGUACAAAGAUAUGACAACCAGUCAAAGUACUAUGUCACAUGUGAGGUUCAUGACUGGUUUAUUGCUUAAUUUUGCUGGGCAGAAGCUGCAAUAACUGUCCGUAUUAAAGUAGCUUUAUGUAAUUGGAACUGUGUUAUACCAGAUUGGUUGUAAUUGUUUGAUACAAACUAAUCAGGUAAUAAUGAGCAAUUUUGUUUUAGUUGCUUUAAUGAAGUUUGUAGAUUACUACAUACAAAAGCUUCUCAGUUCAAUUAAAAACAAAUUCACAUUGCUUUAUUUUUAACGUUUUGAACACAAACUUCAUUGCAUUUUAUGAAUUGUAUCUAUUAAAUGAUAUUGGAAAAUUUACA